GGGAAAAGUUGAAAAUGAAAAGAAGUGUUGGCACCGGAAAGGGAACACAAGAAGUAUAUAAAAGCCAAUGGUUUGCAUUCGAAAGUAUGCAAUUCCUAUGGGAUAAAAAUAAAUCUAGAAUGACAUUAAGUACGGUACGCAAACCUUCAAUUGUUUUUUUAUUUUUUCCACAAUUCAUAAAAGCAUACUAAGCAUACUUUAUUAGCAACAAAUUAGAAACAAUACUUGUUUUCAGAUGGAAGAUGAAGUACAAAUUGUAAGUCCAGAGGCGGUAGAAGAUGAAGUGGCAGAGCAAUCAUACAUGGGACAAAAUUCAGAGAUGCUUGAGGUAGAACCUGGCCUCAGUACGAGCACCCCAUUGCGUCCAACAAGAACGGUUGCCGCGAAAAGGCGGCAUACCGAGAAAGAGGAUUGUUUGGAGAGGGCAUUUGAGAUUCUGGAGACUGCGUCAGAUCCACCACCUGACGAAUCCCAACAUUUUGCAAAUUUUGUUGCAUCGAAACUGAGAAAGCACAACAAUUCUGAAACAGUCCAUAUUGAAGCACGGAUAAUGCAAUUAUUUGUAGAAAUUGAAGCUACAUGUAUAGAUAAUAUAUAA